AUGUCAGGUCUCGAUGUUGAGGCUCUCCUCGAGUCCACAGCCGCUCCGCCAUCUCAAGACCCUCCCCGUUCCCAGGACCGCGAUGACCGCUCCUCCUCGAAAACUGACAGCAAUGACCGCCGGGACCGCGAUCGGUCACGAGAGAAGGACCGCAAGCGCAGGGACCGCAGCCGUGAUCGACGUCGCUCGCGAGACAUCGAUGGAGAUGAAGACAUGAAGAGCCCGAAAAGCGAACAUGGCAGUGCUAACGGAAGCCAUAGAAGCAGAAAGAGGAGCAGGAGUCGUGAUAGCGAACGCCGUCGGUCUCGUCGUGACCGCUACGGUGACGAUUACCGUUCUGGUGGCGACUUCUACCGCGGUGGUGGACGGGCUCGCACCCGCUCUCGGUCGCCUUACGAUGAUCGCUAUUACCGUCCCUCGGGCCGCUCCCGUCGCGAUGAGCGAGAUGAAGACAGACGCACUCGCCGUGACCGCAAACGAAGCCCGAGCCCGAGAAGCCGCGAGAGGACGCCGGAACCUACCGAGGAUGAGCGUGACAGGCGUACCAUUUUCGUUCAGCAGCUUGCUGCGCGGUUGAGAACUAAGGAGCUGAUUGCGUUCUUUGAGAAAGUCGGACCUGUCAAGGAAGCCCAGAUCGUCAAGGACCGUGUCAGUGGGCGGUCUAAAGGUGUCGGUUAUGUCGAGUUCAAAAGCGAAGACGCCGUUGCACCCGCUAUCCAGCUUACCGGACAGAAACUUCUAGGAAUUCCCAUUAUCGCGCAAUUGACUGAAGCGGAAAAGAACCGCCAGGCCCGCAAUCCUGAGGCCAGCAGCGGCAACAAUCACGCUGCUCCAUUUCACAGGUUGUACGUGGGUAACAUUCAUUUCAGCAUCACUGAAAGUGACCUCCAGAACGUCUUUGAGCCUUUUGGCGAACUCGAAUUUGUCCAGCUGCAAAAGGACGAGACUGGUCGCAGCAGGGGUUAUGGAUUUGUGCAGUUCCGUGAUCCAAACCAGGCUCGUGAGGCCUUGGAAAAGAUGAAUGGAUUUGACCUUGCUGGUCGAGCAAUCCGCGUUGGCCUUGGCAACGAUAAGUUCACUCCUGACUCGAACGCACAGCGCAUGCAGAGCCAAGGUGCAAACCAACAUAACUUCCAGGGCUCUCUUUUCUCGGGUCACGGAGGACGUGGUGUUCAAGCCGGCGGUACCAGCAACUUCGACCGCGCUGGUGGCCGUGACUCCGAAAAGGGGGCCGGUGCUAGUGCAUUGGACGACACAGAUGUUGCCGGUGUAAAUUUCAACAACUACAGUAGGGAUGCAUUGAUGCGCAAGCUUGCAAGAACAGAUGAACCAGCCGAGCCUGCUGCCGACGACCAGCAAAAGGUGCUCCGUCCCAAGACUGAGGCCAAACCUCUGCCUGUUAACGUCAACAUGGCAAGUCGGUGUGUCAUGCUCCGCAACAUGUUCGACCCCAACGAGGAGGAGGGCGAAGCUUGGAUUAAGGAGCUGGAGGAUGACGUUCGCGCUGAGUGCGAAGACAAAUAUGGCCAUGUUGUUCACAUUGCACUAGAUCCCAACUCGCAAGGCGAUAUCUACCUGAAGUUCGACCGCGUCCAGGGUGGCGAGAACGCCAUCAAGGGCCUGAACGGGCGUUUCUUUGGUGGUCGACAGAUCACCGCCCAGCCCGUCGUCGACGCUGUCUACAGCAGUCUGUUCUCCCGAACCAAAGCGAUCUGA